CUCACUAGCAGUUUAAAGCAGUUAAUGUUUUCAUCUCAACCUCUCUAUUACUCUCUACUACUAUAGUACAGUCUUUGCUCAGUCUAUCUACUACUCUUUCACACAUUCUCCUUCUCUUUCUCUCUCAGAAACCCCUCUUUUUCCUCAGCUUAGACACACACACACAAAAACAUCAGCUCACUAAAAAUGGCUUUAGAUUGGCAAAAUCCUAACUACUUCCUUAACCAAAUUAACCCAUUUCAACAACAUCAACAACAACCUUUUGAAUUCCAAAAUCCAGAUGAUAUUCUUCUCUCACCUGAACUUCUUUGUUUUGAUCCUUUACCUCCUACUUUAUUUGAAUUUGAUCAACCCCUUUUUGAUCCCCCACCUUUACAACAACAACAACAACAACCCUUUGAUUUCUAUAAUCAUGAUCAUCAUGAUUUUAUCAUACCCAAUGAUAAUUCUCCUUUCUACAAUGUUGAUUUUCAACCUCCUGUAUUCCUUCCUACAGAGGAUUUUUUCUCUUUUGAUGAAAUUGACAAUUACUCCACUCAAUUCCUUCCUUUGAGUAAUAACAAGAAGCAGAAACUCUCUGCUUCUGUCCCCGCUUCUGAUGGGUUCUUCACUGAUGGUUUCGCCGCGGUACCGGAGUUCUAUAAUGGAGAUGAUUUUAAUCAUAAUGGUGAUUGUUUUGGUAAUGGUGAUUGUUUUGUUAAUGGGGAUUAUUUUGUCAAUGGUGAUUGUUUUGGUAACGGUGAUUGUUUUGGUAAGUUUAAUGAAGGUUGUGGAGAGAAUUAUGAUAAUGAGAAUAAUAAUAAUAAUAAGGUGAAGGUUGUAUCAGCACAAAGUAAAGCAGCAAGAGAGAGAAGAAGGAAGAUAACAGAGAAAACACAUGAGCUAGGGAAGCUUAUUCCUGGUGGUAAUAAAUUGAAUACUGCUGAAAUGUUUCAAGCUGCUUCUAAUUAUGUUAAGUUCAUGCAAGCUCAGUUGGGGAUUCUUCAGUCUAUUACAAGUUUACAUGAUCAGGAUGAUGGUGAGAAAGAGAUCAAGUUAAACAAUCUUCCAAUUUUGUCAUCACAAUUAGUCCAAGAGAAGCUUUACACAAAAGACAAGUGUUUAAUUCCCUUGGAUUGCCUCCCCAAACUCGAGGAACAUUGUGAUUCUGAGACAAAGAGAUUAAUUUCACAACAAAUCAACAAUCUCCUUCACUAA